AAUAUUUAUUUUUGAAUUGUUCGGAGCCCUGCCUAAUUUAACAAAAGGCUUCGAGAAAAAAAUACAGUAGAGCAGAUGCACAUAGCAACCAUUAAAUUAGGAUACAGGCGUGAGAGCUACGCAGCGAGGGGAGGCUUCUGCCAGGCAGAGCAACAGGAAGAAUAAUGGCAGGCCCAAGGAAAGCUGGCGCUCUUGGGUUUAGACUGAAGGAGAUGGAUCUGAGCCCGGAGCAACAGGGAGAUUGGCCUCUAAGAACACUGUAUCCUGGAGUCCCCUCCUGAUACUAUUACGGUGUCUCUCCUGCGAUCAUAAAGCCAUAGAUGGAUUUUUGUGAAGAUCAGUCCCACUACUUUUUAGGAUCACCACGUGAUUUUCCCAGCUCUUCCUUUUCACUACAAUAAGAUGCACGGAUAAUGGGGACUAUUUUACAUGUUGCCUUGCGAGAAGAAAUUCAGAGUUGCCAGCCAGGGAGACAGACAAGGAAGGGAUAGGCUUUAAGUGUUUCUAGGUAGGCCAUCAGAGCAGGAAGCUUAUUCCAGCUUUUUGCAUAGGCCCAGGAAAGCUGUGCCCUUAGUACUAAAGCCUGGACUGAGAGAUGCAGACUGGUGGGCAUUCAAAUAGGCUCAGCUUGCAGGAGUGGCAAAGGCAGUUCAGUUCUCCAGGGCGGGGUCUGACAACUUCUGCAUGGCAUCGCGAAAGGAAGGUGCUAAUGUCAGUUUUCAAUUUGCUGCCUUCCCCAGAACUCUUUCUCCAGCCCUCCCCUCUAUCUCUCCACCCAUAUCAGGGGAGGCAGCGAGAGGGACUCUGCAUUUCCUCAGCUUGCUCUUGUACGAGGAGAGAGUGGAGCCCCUUGAGGCGCCAGGAACAUUCCCUCAGGGUCCCGGCGCGGCGGGGGUUAAGGUGGGCGCCCGUGCCCCGCACUCGCGGGGAUGUUCGUGCAGUCCGUGCCGCCUGCUAGCCGGCUCCCUCCGAGUCGACACCGGGAGAAAGUGGCGGUCAGGGAUGCAGCUGCUGCCAUGACAACCCUGGCGAGCACGGCCCGCGCGCGUAGGGGCUGCUCCCCGGAGGAAGGCGGCGCGGAGGCCGGGGGCGGCCGCUGAGCGUGGCGUCCGCGCGUCCCCGCGUCCCGUGCAGCGUCCCCGGAGGAGGCGGGGGCCGCAGUCCGCUCAGCUCCCCGCGCCCAGAGCCUUCGCCGCGGCGCUUCGCAGGCUGGCGAGGGCCGGGCAGGCGGGAGUCGCCCACCAGGAUUCGGGGAAGACAGCCUCAGAGCGGAGGAUCCGGGCUAGCUGGAUGCGGGUCUCCGUGUGCAACUUUUUGUCGCCUUGGGGUCCAGAUGCGAGACUUGGAGCUGUUUUCUAACUCUAUCCAUACAUGAGUGCCGGUGCGCAGCGGAGAUGCCACCUUCCCCAAAGCUAUGGACAACGUGACGGUCCGGCAGGGGGAGAGCGCCACCCUCAGGUGUACCAUAGAUGAUCGGGUCACCAGGGUAGCCUGGCUAAACCGCAGCACAAUCCUCUAUGCUGGGAAUGACAAGUGGUCCAUAGACCCUCGAGUGAUCAUCUUGGUCAACACGCCUACCCAAUACAGUAUCAUGAUCCAGAAUGUGGAUGUAUAUGAUGAAGGUCCAUACACUUGCUCGGUGCAGACAGACAAUCACCCCAAAACCUCUCGGGUCCACCUCAUAGUGCAAGUUCCUCCCCAGAUAAUGAACAUCUCCUCAGACAUCACAGUGAAUGAAGGAAGCAGUGUGACUCUGUUAUGUCUUGCGAUUGGCAGACCAGAACCAACAGUAACAUGGAGACACCUGUCAGUCAAGGAAGGCCAGGGCUUUGUGAGUGAGGAUGAGUACCUGGAAAUCUCUGACAUCAAACGUGACCAGUCCGGGGAGUACGAGUGCAGCGCCUUGAACGACGUCGCCGCUCCUGAUGUGCGGAAAGUAAAAAUCACUGUAAACUACCCUCCCUAUAUCUCAAAAGCCAAAAACACUGGUGUUUCAGUUGGUCAGAAGGGCAUCUUGAGCUGUGAAGCCUCCGCUGUCCCCAUGGCUGAAUUCCAGUGGUUCAAAGAAGAUACCAGGUACCUUGAAGGAACUGGGGCAACUCUGAAGCAGAGCCGAUUGAUCAUGCAUCCUCCAGAAGGAGGGUUAGCCACUGGCCUGGAUGGAGUGAGGAUUGAGAACAAAGGCCGCAUAUCCACUUUGACUUUCUUCAACGUCUCAGAGAAGGAUUAUGGCAACUAUACCUGUGUGGCCACAAAUAAACUUGGGAACACCAAUGCCAGCAUCACACUGUAUGAAAUAAGCCCCUCAUCAGCAGUGGCAGGGCCUGGAGCAGUCAUUGAUGGUGUAAAUUCCGCCUCUAGAGCACUGGCUUGUCUCUGGCUCUCAGGGACCUUCUUUGCCCACUUCUUCAUCAAGUUUUGAUAAGAAACCAUAGGUCCUCUGAGCAACGCCUGCUUCUCCAUAUCACAGACUUUAAUCUACACUGCGGAGGGCAAACCAGUUUGGGGUUCUUUUGGUUUAUUUUUGUUCUUGUUGGCUCCCCCCCACUUUGGUUUGUUUCUGGGAUUUUUCAAGU